CAAACGCUGAGCACGCUUUUUCCUGGUGCUCUUGCCGGAAGUCUCCUUCUCAACAGACGCGGUUGCCUCCUCCUAGUUCCGAGGGACGUUUUGUUCCGGACGCUAAACUGUAAAUGUCUGACUUGGUCUCUGUGGCCGCUGUUGCUUCUCUUUGCCGCCGCUGCUAUGAUUCCUAUGCCUAUGGUGGUCUGCGUGCUGGGGGGCUGGUGCGCCGUAUACAUAGCUGACACGGUACUGAAGUCAUCUUCUUCUCUGAGAGAGUCUUAUGAGGAAUGGCUUGCGUCCUACGGACUGACAGUCUCUCCAUUCCAUAUGCGAUGGCAGACGGCUUUUUUCAACCGCCCCUUCUACAACUGGGGAAGAUGGAAGCCCAGAUUGCUUUAUCUCUGGUUUAACAUAGGGAUGAUUUUUGGCAUAGCAGCUAUGUUUGGUUCUGUGGUUCUGCUUGGGAAGACACUGAUGCAGACUCUGUCACAGAUGCUAACUGAAAAUCCUGCAAGUCAAAAUGAUCAAAUGCUGCAGGUUGUGGUGCCUGGUGUAAACCUUCCCAUCAGCCAGCUGUCCUAUUUCUUCACAGCAAUCCUCAUAAGUGGUGUUAUACAUGAAGUUGGCCAUGGAGUGGCAGCUAUUAGAGAGCAAGUUCGGUUUAAUGGCUUUGGAAUUUUUAUAUUUAUUGUCUAUCCUGGAGCAUUUGUUGACCUAUUCACUACCCACUUACAACUAAUUUCUCCCAUUCAGCAACUAAGAAUAUUUUGUGCAGGUGUCUGGCAUAACUUUGUGCUUGGUGUUGCAAGUCUUGUAGUUCUCUUCUUUCUGCCUGCUAUUCUUUACCCAUUUUAUUACACUGGUGCAGGGGCACUUGUCACUGAAGUCACCCAGGAUUCUCCUGCUAAUGGGCCUAGAGGCCUUUUUGUUGGUGACCUUGUCACUAGUCUGCAAGAUUGCUCAGUUCAUAGUUUGGAAGACUGGAAUGCUUGUCUGGGAAAGAUCUACCAGAAGCCACAAACAGGCUAUUGUAUAAAAACAUCAAUACUACAUCAACUAAGCUUCCCAACUAGAGGCUUUAAAAGACUUGAUGGCACUGUUGAAUGUUGUAGCAACAAUAGCCUCACAGAUGUCUGCUUUUCUUACAGUAAUAAUCCGAACAGCCACUUGAUCCAGUAUGCUUGUUUGCCAGCACGGAAAACUAUUGAGGCCAGUCAGCUCUGCCAAACUAAUAAAGAUUGCCCAAAGGAUUUUAUCUCGAGUAUGUGUGUAACACCUUCCUUGGAAAAUCAAACCAGGCUCAUAAGGGUGAAGCAUCCUCCUCAAAUUGAUAUGCUGUUCGUUGGUCAUCCACUGCAUCUCCAAUAUACAGUGAGCCUCAGCAGUUUCAUACCUCGAUACAGCUUUCUAACUUUGGACUUGCCUGUGAUAAUGGAAACAUUCUGCAAAUACCUGAUUUCACUCUCUGGAGCACUGGCUGUUAUUAAUGCAAUUCCCUGCUUUGCUUUGGAUGGCCAAUGGAUACUGAAUUCUUUCUUAGAAGCUACUGCUACCACAUUUAUUGUUGAAAAGCAAAACAGGGAGCUUCUUGGCUUCUUAAUUUUACUUGCUGGCAGUGCACUUUUGGCUGCUAAUGUGGCUCUAGGACUCUGGGUUGUGACAGCACGAUAACGUAACAGCAUAUUUUGAUAGCAUUUAUUAUGCUGAUCUAGAAAACACUGAAAUAUAUCACCUUCUAAAAAUGACAGUUGGGUGGGUCAAUGGAAAGAAAAAUAGCGUUAAUCUUUUUAAAGAUUGUGUCCAUAGAUACCUCCCAAACAUAUUGUUAUUUUUGGAGCCCUCUGCCCCGCCAGUUGAGGCAUAUUCAGCAUUUCUUUGGACCCCAUAUGGCUCCAGAGGCAUUUUCAGGGAACGAAUAUGGUGCCCAGAGCUCAGUGAUUACUCUGAAGUGCAUCUGAUUGCAUGUUAAAGCCAAAAGGAAGAAAACUGGGCUCUGUUGCUGCUUGGUCAGCUUGGACAUAUUGGAACAAUGUGGAAAGGUGAAAUAGUAAUGGAAAUGUGUGACAUACCCCUAGUCUUGGUAUGGCAUCAUAGCGUCCCCUAAAGCAUCUAAAAAUUGAUCCCACACUGAGAAAUAAAUAGAUGAAAUCCAGGCAUUUUUCCCCCCGAAAGGGCCUCUCCCAUGAAAUCACAUUUGCAAAGACAGAAAUAGUGAAAGCCAGACUGUAUCUUUAUAAUUCCAGGAGUAAUUAGGAAAGCGGGUUUAGUCUUUAAAAAAUUCUGAUUUGUCAGCUAGAUUCAGUGAAUUAUAGAUGGAGCAUUGUUCUUGAUUGGGCAAAGCAACAGUAUGCCUUUUCUCCUACCUUACUGUGCUAUGGCAACUUUUCCUGUUUUACAGAAUAUUAAGGAUAAAUAGAAGACUGCCACUUCCCAAUAAGCCUCUUCUAUAACUAUAGGUUUGGUUUUAGAAGAAAUUUCCCAUUGAACCUUCCUUACAUGUCUGACUACAUGAUUAUACUGCUAUCCUUUUUGUAAUUGGAUAGACAGUUCUGCAAUACUGGGCUUUGGGCCAGAGACUCAAAGCACCUUACUUUUGUUUUCCUGGAUCUGGGCUAAAGAGAGAAGGCCUGCAUAGAAGGGCUGAGAACUCAAGUGGACAGUCAAGUGUCAGGAGGUUCAGCCUAGUUGGUGGCUGCCUGUCGUAACUAACAUUUGCUGCUGAAUUUCCCAGAGGUUUUAAGUGAUUUUUCCAUGCAAUUUGUAAGAAGA